ACACGGACAACAACAGCAGCCUCAGAUAUGGCUGGACGCGGGAGGGGAGGUUGGGGCCGUGGUAGAGGCAGAGGCGCCGCGCCGCCGCCUCUGGGUCUCACCCAUGCGGAUUUGCAAAACUUGUCCAUCGAAGAGACUCCCCUCUAUCCCGCAAUGAUUCCUCCAGUCCUCAGCGACAUCACGGAGGACGAGAAGAAAAUAGCGGCGUACCAAACUAGCUUUGCAGACCGCCUGCGCAAAUCCGCCUACUACAUUGUCGAGUCAACAAAAUCAAGCGAUCUACCGCGUUAUAGUGACAAAUACCGUCCCUCCGCUGCUAGCCAUCCUUCACUCAAGAAAAAAGAUCUACACGCGCCAUAUUUCCCUCCAGAUGUCUUCGACGGUUACUUUAACCCCAGGAAAAAGCGCAAGACCGCACCCAAACUCACAAGCACCACAAAGCCUCUCAAUAUAGACGACAUCGCAGACGAGGAAGAAAAUGAAAACGCGUCAAACGGCUCAGAUGCCGGGUCUCAGGCGCCAUCGGACUACGAUGUGGACGAGGAGUACGACAACGACUAUGCCGAAAACUACUUUGACAACGGGGAGGCUGAUGACAACGACGAUCUCGGAGGUGGGGGCGGCGAUGAGGGUGGUGGUGGUGGUGGAGGCGAUUACGAUUAA